CACACUUUACGGCAGUAGGAAUGGCUUCUGUCUUCAGCGGUGUGUUGCAGUUGACUGACCUCGAUGAUUUCAUCACCCCAUCCCAGGAAUGUGUUAAACCCGUCAAAGUCGAGAAGAAACAGGGCAAAACUGUCGCUAGAAUCCAGAUAGAAAACGAUGGCAGUUAUUUCCAAGUCAACCAGGAUGGUGGGAAGCAGAAACUGGAAAAGGCCAAGAUCACACUGAACGACUGCUUGGCCUGCAGUGGCUGCAUCACCUCAGCUGAGAGCGUUCUCAUCACGCAGCAGAGCCAUGAGGAGCUUUUCAAAGUUCUGCGGAGCAACAAGUCUGGUGAGAGAGAGCAGAGGGUGGUGGUUGUGUCAGUGUCACCUCAGUCCAGAGCCUCCAUCGCAGCUCAUUAUGACCUCAGCAGCAGUGAGACAGGAAGGAGGCUGACCUCAUUUUUUAAAAGCCUUGGAGUCCACCAUGUGUUUGACACAAGCUACAGUCGAACCUUCAGCCUGCUGGAGAGCCAGAGAGAAUUUCUGGAGCGAUAUCGGAAGAAGGAGCAGGAUAAAAAGGCGCUGCCGAUGCUCACGUCCGCCUGCCCAGGCUGGAUCUGCUACGCAGAGAAAACUCACGGAGAGUUCAUCCUGCCCUAUGUCAGCUCCACUCGCUCCCCUCAGCAGAUGAUGGGGUCUCUGGUCAAGGGGUAUUUUGCAGAACAGCAGGGUUUGAGUCCACAGCAGAUCUACCACGUGGCAGUGAUGCCCUGCUUUGACAAAAAACUUGAGGCUUCCAGAUCGGACUUCUACAUGAAUGAAGCUGAGACCAGAGAAGUGGACUGUGUCAUCACCUCGGGUGAGGUACUGAAGAUGCUGGAGGAGGAGAAGGUCUCCCUGAAUGAUCUACAGCCGUCUGCGUUGGAUACCAUGUUCAGCAGUGUGAGUGGGGAUGACUUCCUGUCUCAUGCUGGAGGAGGUUCUGGUGGUUACCUCCAUCAUGUCUUCACUCAUGCAGCCAAGCAGCUGUUUGGAGAGGAGGUCAAGGAACUGACCUACAAAACCCUCAAGAAUAAGGACUUCCAGGAGGUGACCCUGGAGAAAGAUGGCACCACUGUUCUGUGCUUUGCGUUCACCUAUGGUUUCCGGAAUAUCCAGAACCUGGUGCAGAAACUCAAACGUGGCAAAUGUCCGUAUCACUUUGUAGAGGUCAUGGCCUGCCCUUCAGGUUGUCUGAACGGUGGGGGGCAGGUGAAGCCUAAACCAGGUCAGAACCCCAAAGAGCUGCUGCAGAAGGUUGAGGAGCUCUACAAAGCGGAGCUCGUCCAGGAGCCCGAAGAUGCCACCAGCGUGGCGGAGCUGUACCAGUCAUGGCUGAAGCGUGUGGGUGAGGAAAAAGCCAGAGAGCUGCUGCACACCAAGUACCACAUGGUUGAGAAGAUGACCAACGGACUGACCAUGAAGUGGUGACACUUUCUUAGCGCUGAAUGUGACCAGCUCCUUUCAAAGGCAUCAGCAACCGUACAAUCAGAAUACACAGAGUUAGUAUGUAUAAUCAUUUUUUAAACAUAAAUUAAUAUAAAUAUAUGUUCACAAGUUACAGUAUUGUUGCGUUUAUUCAUUUCCUUUCACUUCUUUGUGGAGCUUCAGUCGCAUAAGACCAUUCGGGGCUGAUGUUUCGGCAAGAAAAUGACCAAUAAAAAAGCGCCAUUUACUACUCAA